ACCCUGUUUCUAAACUGUCUCUUUGCCGACUGAAUCAAAUUAACGUGCGCCUCUGAGUUAACCUCACCAUCCAUUCCCAAAAAAUAUUUAUUAACUUAUAUAAAUAAAUAAAUCUCCCGCAAUUUCCUCAAAUAAUCGUUUCAUUAUCAUUCCUUCCUUCCAAUUUCUUCUUUCUUCUUCGCACAAAUCUCUAGACAAACUGCCGAUACAUUCGAUUGAUUCAAUUUUGCUCGCUCUGAUUUCAGUUUCUGGUUUUGUGAAUUAAGGAGAAGGAGAAGAAAGUGAUGGCGAAGGUAGAUCAGGAAUAUGAUUAUUUAUUCAAGAUCGUAUUGAUUGGUGAUUCAGGUGUUGGGAAAUCUAAUAUUCUUUCCAGAUUUACAAGGAAUGAGUUUUGUUUGGAAUCUAAAUCUACUAUUGGUGUUGAAUUUGCUACCAGAACUUUGCAGGUGGACGGAAAGACAAUUAAGGCUCAGAUAUGGGAUACAGCAGGUCAAGAAAGGUAUCGAGCAAUCACCAGUGCUUACUAUAGAGGAGCUGUGGGUGCACUCUUGGUCUAUGAUACAACAAAAAGGCAAACCUUUGAUAAUGUGCAAAGGUGGCUCCGUGAACUUAGAGAUCACGCUGACUCAAACAUUGUAAUCCUGCUGGCUGGGAAUAAAUCAGAUUUGAAACAUCUCAGGGCAGUAAAUGAGGAGGAUGCUCAAGUUCUAGCUGAAAAGGAAGGACUCUCAUUUCUUGAGACAUCUGCACUGGAGGCAUUAAACAUUGAGAAAGCUUUUCAGACUAUUUUGACAGAAAUCUAUCACAUUGUAAGCAAGAAGGCAUUAGCAGCACAGGAAGCAGCUGCAACAGCCGGACUCCCUGGCCAAGGUACCACCAUUAACGUUGCUGAUGCUUCAGGGAACUCAAGCCAGAGAAACUGCUGUUCUAACUAAUGAAAGAGGAAAUCAGUCUCUUAUCAAAUGUGAGAAAAACAUAGUAAGCGACCAUUGGACAGACAAUUUUUUCUUCUUCUUCUUUUUUCUUUCUUUUCUCUUGGUUUCUUUAGAAAUGGUUGCAAGCGGAUACGAUGAUCCAUUUAGUUCUAGGCUGUUUGUGUUUACAUUUUUCUUGGUGGUUUGUGUUCAAUUUGGUACUGACUGGUUCUACAGAAAAGAUGGAUACGGAAAAUGCCAGUAGAUAUAGGUGGGUUGAAGAAGAAAGAAUAUACAUUUGUAAGCUGUGCUAGUGACUAGUGUUGUCCUUUGUUUAUUUUGUUAUGAGUUUUACUCUCCUAACUUUUGUACUAAUAAAAAAGAAAAACAUUUUUUACACCUCAA